AUGGCGACACCAACUAGUGACCAGUCGCCAAUACGCGAGAAUGUAAAGGCAGCCCCCCAGACCGCAUUCGAUACGGCUGCCUUCGACUCAUCUGGCCCGGCCAGGACCGACAACCCCGUUCCCCCUGCCGAGAACGAUUACCUUAACCCUACAAGCCGCGCAAUAAGACACCUGGCCUUCUGCAUUCUUUACCUGUCCCUCUUCGACCAUGGAACGACCUCUCAAUGGAUUUCCACAUACCUGGUACCGUCAGCAAUGGAUGUGACGCCGUCUUUGUAA